AUGGGUGAUGGAUUUGAUAGAGUUACAGCUAGACCAAAAAGAUUCACAGAGAUCAGUAAUGUUCAAGAUCCUUCAGAGAUUAUGAAUUAUCCCUCUAAUCCAUAAUCCUAUGAAAAUGAAGUCCCGUAAUUUGUCAACAAUAUUGUCUAUUGCAGAGAUCCUUCAAUCCUAAAUGAUAGAGUGUCGUGUUUAAAUUUGAAAAAUUUAAUGUAACAUGAAAACAUCUUGGAUAUCAAGCAACUUAUUAAGGAAUAAGCAAAGAUUGACUCAUAAUCAUACUAAUUGAUUGAUUCAUACGAUAAGACAUUGCUGUUUGAAAGCAAGUUCGAAAGUGGAAAUCUCUACCUUGCCCAGAAACUAAAUGAUGGUGAAUACAAUUUACUUAUGCAAAAUGAUAUAAAUACUUAAGGGCAUACCCAAUGGUUUUACUUUAGAGUAUAAAACACUAGAAGAGGAGUAACUUAUUAUUCAGAGAAAAAGGCAAGCGAGAAAUAGGUAGGAUGGCACAGAGGUUGCAGAAAUAUAUCCUAUCACCCAAAUGGAAUAAAAAAAGAUCUUAUUCUAAACAGAUAUUAUUACACUUUGACUUUUACUCAUGACUUUGAAUUUGUAUCAAGGAAAGUCCUUUGCAAGUCAUUGGCUGGUGUAAACUGUGAAUACUUAACUGUAACAUCUAGGGAUAAAAGUGAAAAUAUGCACAAGAGAAAAGCAGUAAUAAUCUCUGCAAGAGUUCAUCCAGGCGAAACAGUAGGAUCAUGGAUGAUGAGAGGAGUCCUUAAGUUUAUUACUGACCCCCACAAUAUUGAAGCUCGAUUAUUAAGAGAAAAUUUCGUUUUUAAAAUCAUCCCAAUGAUGAAUCCAGAUGGAGUUAUCAAUGGAAAUUAUAGAUGUUCCUUAGCAGGAUGUGAUUUAAAUAGAAGAUGGAAGACGCCUUCGAAAGUUAUUCAUCCUGAGAUCUAUCACACUAAAAAAAUGGUUAAAAGUCUUCAUGCUGAAAGAGGAGUUCUUAUGUUUUGUGAUCUACAUGGUCAUUCAAGAAAACAGAAUGUCUUUAUGUAUGGUUGCAAUAAUGUUAAAAUUCCAGAGGAAUGCAGAAUUUUUCCAUAUUUAUUGUCCAAACUAAGUCCAUUUUUCUCAUUCGAGUAUUCAAGGUUUGGUGUUCAAAAAAGUAAAGAAUCAACAGCUAGAAUUAGCUUGUACAAGGAACUUAAAACAUGCCCGAAUAUCUUCACAAUGGAGAGUACAUUUUCAGGAAUGGAUAAAAAUACAAUUAAGUCUAUAUUGACAGAUGAGUUAAAGUAAAAUAAGGAGCUAAUAAAAAAAGGUGAUGGUGACUCUACAAGCGGUAGUGAUAGUGCCCCCUCUGAGGAUAAUUUAAAUGCCGAAGAAAUAGUAAAGAUUAUUCCAAUAUUAGAUAAGAAAACCAAGUAAGAUCUUUAAAAAAUCUAAAAGAAGAAGCAGCAGUAAUAGAAGGAUUAAAACAAGAAUAAAAAGCAACUUAAAAAGCUACCUUCUAAAUAGUAGCUUGAGUAAUUAGUACCAAAAGAAUAGUAAAAAAAGCCUGAGCCUUAACCACCUGUGAAAUAGAAGUCUAUAGUAAAAUUCCCUCAGAUUGAAGAAGAAAAGAAGAAAAAGGAAAUGAAUGAAAUUAAGGAAGAGGCUUUAGAGGAAGAAAAAGAGCCUCCCAAAAAGAAGCCGAAGCCAGAAAUGGUAGAUCGAUGGACCUAAACAGAUAGAAGUGAUUACUCAAUCAUUAAAAGCAGAAUGCUUAGUCAUCAAUAGUAUGCGAAUACACUUCUUAAACAACCAGAAAAUGCACUAAAAUUAAAAGCAUAGAAAAAUUUCUAAUAGUUUGCCAGAACUCCCACUCAAAACUAUAAUGGAGUUAGUGGAAGUGCUACUGUGACCUAGAAUAUGAAUAAUAUAAUUGGCCCAACUUCAACUGUUCAUGCAGAUGGCAACAGUAGAUAUAAUAACAUGAUAGGUCAGAAUAAUAAUGAAAUUGGCAAAAACUUUAGAAGCCCUUAGAAUUAGAGAAUCUAAGAUCAAAGCAAUAGGAAUGGUCUAUUCAAUAUCAAUGUUUAAAAUAACAAUUAAAAUUAGCAGUAGCAACAAUAAUAGCAGUAAUAAAUAAAGUCGGUCAAGCAAGAAAUAUCAUCUAACAGUUUUAAGUUGUCUGAUAAUUCUGGUUAACCACAAAUUAAGAAAUAGCUAAAUAACACAUCAUUCAAAAAUAAUUAAUUCACUGCUGAUCAAAGAAUACAUUCAAUGUCUAUUGAUUAAUCUAGCGUGAAGAAACUAAGUAACAGAGGAAUGGAUGGAACUCCUAAUUAACACUAUACUAUUCAAGGAUCUGUUUAAAGAAAUGGUAUGCCUUCGCCAAUGCAUAAUCCCAUUACAAAUCUUGCUUAGAGUAGUCUGCAAACCAAUUAAAAUCAAAUGAUAAGUAAUGGAAAGACUGAACUGCUUUUUCCUGUACUGAAAACUAAAUAUCAUACGGCUAAUCCAAAUUACUACUAAGAUGGAUCCUCCUUAAAUAACUAGGCUUUAGGGUAAAAUGAGAAAGUAUUGAUCUCUGAGAAAAAGCCAGUUAAUAUAAACAAAGUAAAUACAAAUCUUAACAAUCCAAAACACUCUUCAUCUCAAAGGAGGCAACAGUCUGGAGUGAGAACGUUAAACACAGAUAAAAAGCCGUCUUUGACUGGGUAGGACCAUAAGGCUUUCUUAAGAAGAAAUUCUUACAAAUAAUUUAAUAACAAGAUCUGA